CUUAUAGGGUCACAGAACGACAUCCUGUCUGUGGAAAUGCAAAGGACAUCGUCAUGAAGAUUUUUAUUGUGUUCUCUGUUUUUGCGUUGCUACGAGGAGCAGUUUAUGGUUGUGCACCUGCCUCAUAUAGCWUACGAGACAAGGGAACUUGUUUAGGAGCAAAACGAUUCAGGCCGAUCUGCCCGAACAAUCCUAACAACAAAUACCGAGAUGAGUUUAGAACUUGGUUUUUUCAGAAGUACUGGCCAUACUGGAACACCGGACGAGAAGARAAUCGCACACGAGUUUCUUUGAAUGGUUCUAUGACGGUUAGCGAAGCCAGAAGGAAAGGGAUCCAUUUUGGAGUUGACGUCUUGUGYUCGAUGGGAUCUAGUGUCCAGGCUCCCUGUCGUGGCAGAGUCACCUAUCGAGAYGAUAACAAAGUAAUCCUUAAAGGAAUUAGCACAUUUAAAGGAUUUUUUGUGAUGAUGAAGAACUUCAAUGUUUCAAGGUCAGUGUUUGUGAAUCAAUGCGUGUCUGCAGGCCAUCACAUUGGUUACACCACAGAACAUGACGAACCGCAAGGAACGACUUCAUACGCUGURCACAUUGAAGUUAAAGGGAAAGAUGAUAAAGGAAGAUGGUCUGACAUGGAUCCUAGCUUCUACAUUUGCCCAGCGUACAUAGUAAAAGAUGGCACAGAGCAACGACUUGCAUUUCAUGGAAAUGGAUUUAAUCGACUUCGCUUAAUCUUCGUCGACCACGAUAAAGCUACUGAAGAAGCUAAAGUAACUGACAACGAGGAUGAGAACGAAGGUGAAGAUUUUGACGAAGACGAUGAUGAACUUAGUGGCGAUGCCGAGGAUGAUUCAUCGACAAAAUAACAUUUCAACCGUUUUGCCUCGCUUAUGUUAAUUUUUCCCAGUUUCAAGAAUAAAAACGAAAAAAAGGAAAAGAUCUCA